AUGUCGGAGUUUAGAUCAAAAGAGCUUUCUGAUGACUGGAAAUUGAGAGAUGCAACAGACACCAACACAGAGACCUGGUACACAGUCACCGCCGUACCCACGGUGGUUCAUCUCGACCUGCUACAGAACGGGAUAAUUCCCGACCCCUUCAUCGGAUUGAACGAGGAAAAGGCACAAUGGGUUGCGGAGCGCGACUGGAUAUACCAAACUACCUUUGAAACACCACCUGGCGACCCAAAAACUCGACACAGUGUCGCUUUUGACGGUCUGGAUACGUUUGCUACGGUCAAGCUGAACGGCAAUGUGAUCCUGCGCAGCGAUAACAUGUUCAUCCCCCAUCGCGUCGACAUAACAGACAUUCUGGCCAGUAGCCCAUCGACAACAAACACACUGGAAAUUCUCUUCGAGUCGGCUCUGCUGCGUGCUCGCGAGGUGGUCAAAAGCCAUCCCGAACAUCGACACAUCGCUCACCAGACGGAAGUGGGUCGUUUGGGGGCUCGCAAGGCGGCAUAUCACUGGGGUUGGGACUGGGGGCCUAUUCUCGUCACGGCUGGCCCCUGGAGGCCCGUGACAUUGGAAUCAUAUGCCGAUCGGAUUGACGACUUGUGGAUUGAGAGUACCGUCGCUGACGAUCUCCGAUCAUGCGCAGGAAAGAUUCGCGUACGCACAGAGGGUCGGGGGGCAGACCGAGUUCAUAUCGCGUUGUGGCAUGAAGGAAAGGUGGCGAUUGAGGCCGACGUAGAGGUUGAUCCUCAGGGAGAGGCAAACGUCUCAUUCUGCAUCGAAAGCCCAGCUCUCUGGUUUCCUCAUGGGUACGGACCGCAGAGCCGUUACGAAAUUCGGGCGGAGCUAUUCUUGCAAGACGAUCUGCUGCAUGCAAAGUCCAAGAGAACUGGCUUCAGAAGAGCCGAAUUGAUCCAAGAAAAGGACGAACAUGGACAAUCGUUCUAUUUUCGAAUCAACAAUGUUGAUGUCUUCGCGAGCGGCUCGUGUUGGAUUCCCGGGGACAGUUUCCUUCCUCAGAUCACAGAUGCUAAAUACCGGAAAUGGCUGACACUGAUUGUUGAGGGGAAUCAGAAUAUGAUUCGCAUCUGGGGCGGCGGCAUCUUUGAGCCAGAAGUAUUUUAUGAGACCUGCGAUGAAUUAGGAAUAAUGGUGUUUCAGGAUUUUCUCUUUGCCUGCGCCUCGUAUCCAACAUAUCCAGAAUAUCUUCAGUCGGUGGAGAAAGAGGCGCGAGCGAAUGUUCAACUCCUUCGGCACCAUCCCUCGAUCGUCAUAUACGCUGGGAACAAUGAGGACUACCAGAUCCAACAAAAAUACAACCUGACAUAUGACUACGACGGGGACAAAGACCCCGAAUCCUGGCUUAAAUCAUCAUUUCCAGCCCGCUAUAUUUAUGAGUACCUACUGCCAAAGGUGGUCGAGGAAGAGUCCCCGGGAAUGGCAUACCAUCCGAGCAGUCCAUGGGGUGGUGGCAGACAUACAACAGACCCGACCAUCGGGGAUAUUCAUCAAUGGGAUGUCUGGCAUGGGACCAUGGAACCCUAUCAAAAGCUCAGUUCCAUGGGUGGCAGAUUCAAUAGUGAAUUCGGCAUGGAAGCGUUCCCUCACAUGUACACAAUCGAUUCAUUCGUCGAUGAUCCAGAAGAACGCUAUCACCAGUCAUUGACGAUGGACUUUCAUAACAAAGCGUCCGGCCACGAAAGACGCCUCGGGGCGUAUAUAUUGGAGAACUUCAACGUGAAACAGGACUUGAAGGCAUACAUUCAUUUAUCGCAAAUCGCUCAAUCGGAGACCAUGACAUUCGCCUAUCGCAGCUGGCGUCGCGAGUGGGGACGAAAGCGACGAUGCGGCGGAGUGCUCGUCUGGCAGCUAAAUGACUGUUGGCCCACGAUCUCCUGGGCUAUUGUGGAUUACUUCCUUGUCAAGAAGCCAGCGUUUUAUGCCAUCGCACGAGCGUCCCAGCCCCUAGCCAUCGGCGUCAGCCGCCGCCAUAAGGAAUGGACAUCCGGCCAUGCGCGAUCACCUAGCUCUGUGGAAUUCGAUGUAUGGACCGCGAGCAGCAAGGCAGAAAGGGUACACGCUGUAGUGACCGUCCGUUAUAUCUCAGUUGAGACGGGGCAUGAUUUCAAGCCAGCUUCCGUCCAUACCGUGGAGGUCGUUCCCAAUGGGACGACUGAGAUUCUGGGCGAUAGGGUGGAUCUCAACCGAAACAGCACUGAAAAGGAAGAGGUCCAACCGUUCGUUAUCUUUGCCACCUUGAGCGUGGAUGGGGCCAUCGUGAGCCGAGACUUUGACUGGCCCCAACCACUCAAAUAUCUCAAGUUCAGGGAAAGGGAUGUAAAAGUUGAAUUUUUGAAAGAAGAGAGCUCUGUCAGGGUCGCAGUAUCCAAGCCGACAAAGGGGCUCGUAUUCGAGGAAAGACCUGGGAUUUGGUUCGGCGACAAUGGAAUCGACCUUGUGCCCGGCGAUGAGCGGAUAAUCCCGGUGAAGGGAAUCGCCGGAUAUGAUUCGAUCCCGCGUUGGACGUAUAUUGGCGAUAACAGAUUUUAG